AUGUCCGGUGCGAAGAUCGACCUCUCAGGCGCCGCCUCGGCGCCGGCCGGGGGCGCAACUUCCGGCGGCGCCGGCGGAGCCGGCGGACCUGGCGGAGCGGCCGGUGGCUAUGGCUAUGCAGGCGGCUUGGCGGAAGCGGCCUUGCAGGAUCCCACUGUGCAGCAGCAGCUGAAGGAGGUCGCCUACCAAAAGGCGCAGGAGGGCUUCGAAGUUGCCAAAGUGGCGACUGCCAUGGCAGCUGAGGAGCUGGGGAAGUACGUCCAAGAAGGGCCAGCAGGGAUCUCCGUUCUCUGCUUCCUAGGCGGCUUGGCCACAACGGUCAUUGGCAUUCUCGGGUUGCUGAACUUUGGCAACGGCCUGACCUCGCCCUUCACGUAUGUUCUGAAUGCCUACCUCAUGACCUUUGGCGUUGUCACCUUCCUUUUGGAAGCAGAUGUGGAGAGUCUGCGAAGCAUGCGGGUUCUUGGGCGGCUUUCUCCAUGGGUGGAGCGCUACCAGCUAGAAGUCUUCAAUCGCGCAAACUUCCUGACGGAGCUGCGGGGGCGAGGCCUUUUCUACGUGUUCAUCGGCACGCUGGCAGUGACCCAGUGCUUUUUCUGCCUCACCUUCAUAGCCGGUCUGUGGAACCUGCUCAUGGGCAUUUUGUGCCUGCUGAAGCUUGGAGAGCACUCAGAGCACCGGCUUUGGACGGCCGGCGAGCAAGCAGAACAUCAAAGGAACAUCCAGCGGGCAGGUGCGACGCACAAGGCGGCUAGGGACAGGAUCGGGAUGGGCUGA